AUAGAAUUCACGUGAGUCGCGGAAACUGAAGCGUGUGACACAGAGGGAAGCUAAUCUCGCGCUUCCCGGAAACGGGACUGCAGAAUCAUGGCGACCGUCUCAGUGUGCCAGUAUCAUCGCGGCGGUUUCAGUUUCGAAAACUGCAAGAGAAAUGCUCUUCUGGAAGCAGACAUCAAUAAGCUCGGUCUCAGCUCUCCUGCUGCUCGUAAAACCGGCACCACCAUUUGUGGACUCGUUUACAAGGAUGGUGUUGUUUUAGGUGCAGACACUCGUGCCACUGAAGGAAUGGUCGUUGCCGAUAAGAACUGUUCUAAAAUUCACUACAUCUCUCCCAACGUAUAUUGUUGUGGAGCCGGAACCGCAGCAGACACUGAGAUGACCACACAGAUCAUCUCCUCUAAUCUGGAGCUCCAUUCUCUGUCCACCGGCCGUCCCCCACGAGUCGCCACAGCCAACCGCAUGCUCAAACAGAUGCUCUUCAGGUAUCAAGGAUAUAUUGGUGCUGCGUUAGUUCUCGGAGGAGUUGACUGCAACGGCCCACACUUGUACAGCAUCUAUCCUCACGGAUCAACAGACAAACUGCCCUACGUCACUAUGGGUUCUGGAUCUCUGGCUGCAAUGGCUGUCUUUGAGGAUCGCUACAGGCCCAACAUGGAGGAGGAAGAGGCCAAGCGUCUGGUGCGGGAUGCGAUAGCGGCGGGUAUCUUUAAUGACCUGGGCUCAGGCAGCAACAUCGACCUGUGUGUGAUCACCAAGGGGAAGGUGGACUACCUGAGACCUCAUGAUAUGGCCAACAAGAAGGGUGUCCGGGAGGAAAAGAUUUAUGGACACCCUGUAACUGGAAACUACAGGUACAAGCAUGGAACUACCGGUGUUCUGACGAAAACUGUGACUCCUCUGAACCUGGAGGUGGUGGAGGAAAGUGUGCAGACCAUGGACACCUCCUGAGAUGACUGAGAUCUGUUUGUUUCCCCCAUAACCAUUCUCCCCAAGUCUUCUGUGGUGGUUUAGUAAUUUUUCAUUAUUUCCAAUAAAAGAAUUUGUGAGUUGAA